AUGUGCUCACAGAGCACAUACAAUGUUCGCUUUAUCACAUUUGUAAACACAAGUUACAUUCAAGCUGAAAACCUGGAAAAUGUGUUCGAUAGUUUACUAAAAUUUGAAAUUGCAGUUUUAGCUUUUAGCUGGCUCGAAUUCCUGUACGUGUUCUAUCUGCUAAUAUUCAUUCGAGCGAUGCAUUUUAAUUUGACGUUUCUUUUUAUAAACUACGGUGGUCAGUACUUUGGUUCAAUGCUCUCAAGAUGUGUGAUUAUUUAUAUGCAGCUAUACCCAGACAAAAAUCUGGAAUACAUAAUCCCGUUGGCUAACUUUGCUCGAACUGUCUGCUUGUUCAUUGCAAUGUACAUUCUUCCAAUAUUUAUGGUCGAAAGAUGUCUCGCCACUUUUCUAGUCGCAAAUUAUGAGAAAUCUCGAAAAAUAUGGGUUUCUCUUAUAAUUCUUUCAAUUUUUCAUCCACUGGUUUUUGCAUCAGCAUUUGCGUAUAUUCAAUGCUGGCUACCCGUGGUAUUUCAUGUCAUUUCUUUUUUUGUUGUAAAUAUUAUUGGAUACGUCGGAGUUCAGAUUUGUUUUCUGUACAAUACAAAACGAUACAAGCUAUUCUCCCAAAAGCCCAGAAUGACAACAUAUGGCUUGAGCGAGCGGUUUCAACUUGCUGAAAAUAUUAAAAUGUGUAAGGUUCUAAAAAAAGUGCAAGGCUCAAUUCUUCUCUUCAACGUUGGAUGUUCAUCAAUUCUUCUGAUGGAUAGCUUCGAGGUUGACAUUCUGAUAACCUAUGCUUCAUAUGUUGCAUUCAACUUUUUGGCAUUAGUAUACGGAAUUACUAUACCUAUUAUUGUGCACGUUGUAUUACCUGAAUGGCAGAAGGAGUCACGGAGAUUGAUUCACACCUGUUUCUGUCGAUCGAAAAAUGCGAUUCAACAAGCUCCAAAAUCAACAUUUGGAGAACGAAUGAUAUACAAAGAUCAUGCUCAAGAAGCUAAUAUUUAUUUUGAUCAAUUUAAUAAAGCUACUAAUUGA